UCAAGUGCAACGCGGUUACGCCAAACUGGUAUCGUAUCUUCUUCGGUGACGACGUUUAUUAACGCAUCAUGAACGAAAAUACGUAAACACGCGUGACUUUCCAUAAUCUUUAUAAUAAAUCGUUUAGUCCGCGACGCGUCUCGUAUCGACAAAAACUCGCAAGACUCGUUAAUCGGCCCUAGUCACUGUCCCCUCUUUAUAAAUCAAACCUAACCUACCGGUGUUCCGAACAAGGAACGCGGAAUCUCGAGUGUUUUCGUGGAACGCGUAAAUACAGUGAAACAACCGAGACGACCAGCAACCUACUAUUCUCGAAAACUUUGUUCAAGUUCAGUGCAUGGAUAAGCUCCACUUCUCGAUCGUUCCCAGCCCAUCUAGACGAUGCCCGACGACCCUCACUCGCGCAGCCCCGCGGAAUGCUCACCAAGGAGCCUCGCGAAGAAGAUCGAGAGCUGCAUCUUCAGGAACGCGCUGAACGAGGAGCAACGAGCCCAAAAAGCCUUGUAUCUGCUGCAAGCGCAAGACCGUCGAAUCGCUGCUCUUCAAAAACGCGUGGCCGAGCUGGAGGAUGUCGCCACGAACCUGCACGAGUUCACCCUUCGAAAUUCUUCAAGCGCUUCGACCUCUGAACGAAAGAAGGAGGUCGUGGCCGACUUCUCUCGGAACGACAGAUCGGCCAAAACGGUGAAUUACAACGAGACCGAGGAUAAAAUCGAGUACAACUUGGACGAUAUUAGCUCAGUGCGAGAAGAUGCCGAUACCACCGUGAGUGGCGAAGUGUCGGUGCCACGCUUGGAACUGUCGAAAUCGUCCGUGUCGAAUUCUGAAAGAGAUAUCUCCUCCACGGCGAUCGACUUCGUGCUGGAGAAGAGAAAGUGUUUCAUCUCCAACACUUCUUUUUCUAACGAAGAGGAUACUUCGCAGAAGAUGACUGAACGCGAAGAAAAGUUUCACGAGGAUCUAUGCAAUCCAGAUUGCAAAAGUGAGACAAAAGUUGUGGCUGUGAAUAGCAAAAAGGCCAUCGAUGUUGACGAAAAUAGUAAUGGAAAGACAGAAUCGAAGGAAAGAAAGGUGGAUCGAGACGUAAUUGUAAACAGAGAAGUCGGUUGUGAAAAUAAAAUUAAGGAGGCUGGUGGUUUGGUUAUGUCAGCGAGGAGAAGCGAAGAGAAAAUUCCAGAUGUGUCGUACGAUAAGAAAUGCGGAUCAAAUUUUCCCAGGACAUCUUCUAGCGUUCCAUGGAUUCGCACGAAGCAUGGUUUUCGAAAGAAGCUGCGGGGUUGCGAGCUGAAGACUGGAAAAGGUACGAGGGAGCUGCCUUCCGGGGUUGGUAGUCAGACGUUUGCGCCGUUUCGGACGAUCGAGAGAGGCUCGACGAAUCGGCGACAGGGAGAGGGCGAGAUGGUGGACGGUGGCAAGAAGAUCGCGAGGAACGCGAACCAGGAGCAGAAUGGCUAUUCGUCGCUCGCUGACGCGCAAGAAACGCGCCCCGUCGCAGAUAAAGUAUUCGACACAGAAACAAAAACAGUUUGUACACAAACCCCCAUCGAAGCUAUCCGAUUGGACGAGAAAAAUCUCUACGAUAAAUUAUCGACUGACGCGAAUCAGUUCGCUCCGUCGUGCGUUCAUUUCAAAGAAAAAAAACUGUCGGCAUUUCGGUGUAUCGACGAGGAUCCUGCUCCCCAAUGUUUGAUAGUGGAAGCCCCCGCCAGAGGGACCCAGCGGACAAAAGGGAAAAUAUCGUCGAACAAGGAGGCCGAAUACGAGACAAUCAUAUUGGAGCUGGAGGCGAAACUCGCUCGAACGAGAGAGGAUCUGGAAAUGGCUUUGAAGGCAAAACCAAUCGUGAAAGAGAAAUACAAAAAAUUGUUGGAAAAUGCAAAAAUAGAAGCACGUAAAGAGAAUGAAAUAUUGCAAGAAAACAUCGUACGUAUUUGUACAUCUGUUUUGGAAAAUUUUGGUCCCCGUACAUUAAAUCAGAGAAGAAAUAAUAAUUACCAAAUUAAAUCUCGUAGAAAAUUAAAAUGCCACGAGAGGAGGAUUGCGAGUGGUUUACGUAAGAAGCUGCACACGACACUGACAAGAAUGAACAAAUUGAAACGGGAAUUAGCCGUCACUCGGAGGAAGCUAAAACGUAAAUGCGAGGAGCACGAGUCGAUCAACAAAUGCUUCGACCAGCUGAAGCAAGAAAUGGAGGCAACCGAAACGAAUUUGAACAAUUUGAUAAGCGAAAAUCUUUCCUUAAAGAGGAAGAUAGAUGACACGCGGGACUGGUUACAGCACACCAUGGGGAAGGAACAGCAUACGGGAUAUUCUCGAGACGCGUGUAAAAACAGAGAGCUGGCGAAUCUGAAAAAAAAAGUGGAAGAGGAUUCGGCGACCAUUACUCACCUUAAAAACAAAUUAGUACGAUUGGAGUCGGCGAACGCCAACAAAGGAUUUUUACUGAACAGUUACAAAGGUCAGCUGACAGAGUUGACUAAAGAGAAGAAUCAAUUGAUAUCUAAAAUGAGCAGCUUGGAGAACGAGGUCAGCAAUGUUCGAAACAGUAACUCGCAAUUAAAAGCAAAGAUUUCCGUUUUAAAUAAUGAAAAGGAUAAAUUACUGUCAGACAAUGAAAGAUCAAAGGCGGACAUAAAGGGAAAGGUGGAAACGCAAUGUACGACAAAAAGGGGAGAGACAACGCUACAGGAGAUCGAAGUUGUUAAAGCUAAAUACGAGGAGACUAUUAAGUCGACGAAAAUGAAGUUACUGGUUACUAAAACUCAGAAUAUCGAGUACUUAAACGCCAUCAAGGAAUUUUUGAGAAAACUCUACGAACUUCAAGGAGAUCGUGGAACGCAAAAGUUUUCGAACGAAAAUGAAGCAAGCGAACGAGAAACUCAGGAAACUAUCUGCAAUAUAUUAAAUAUGACACCGGAUGAAUUAUCUGGCUUUAUUAAUGGAAAGACUAAAAAUUCGAUUAACCUGUGGAUGGUCGAAUUAAAUCGAAUAAUUGCAACAAAUCAAUUCUCUAAAGAUCUAUCGAAGUUUCUAUUGAAAAAGGUAACGAAGAAAACAAAGACGUAACAAAGGAUCAGAGAAAUUUGGGGUUUCACGUG